AACAUUUUUUCUGUGGAUUUCUUCCUGCGGGCAGUGGGCGGAGUUUAACUCCUCCCUUUCCCAUUCGGCUCCCGGACACUCCGUCUGUCUGGACCCGGUAACCGAGCUUCCGUUGCCGGAUUUCGGGGUCAGAGCCACACCGGCGGCUCCAGAUCCAGAGAAGUGAUUACAGGGGGAAACACUGGAGGACUAAAACCGCAGUGGACUCGGUGGAACCCGGGACUUGUUGUCGCCACGUUGUAGGAAGUUCUACAACUUUUUUUUUUUCUUCUUUCUUUCGGAGAAACGUUUGAGCAGCUGCUGUCAGUCUGACAAAGGAGGAGAAAGUGACUCGUCAGCGCCACACUUGGGCCGAGUCAGCACGUGUAAACAGGAGGAUUGUUAACUCAGUCCUUCAUCAACAGAACCGUUCCUGUUCGAACUGACUCACUCUCACCCACUCACCCGCUCACACACGGACAGCUGCCCCGGCCCCGCGGCUACAGCACCAGCAGUCGCCCCGGGCCCCGGCACCAUUGUCCCGGCCCCUGUCAGGUGAGAGGUGUGGCUCUGGGCGGUGGCAGCUUAGCUCUGACAACACCUGGAUUAGUGACUGUGAAGUGGAGAGCUGAGUGGGAGGAGGAUUAAGGACUGAACGGGAGAUUCUUUGUAAUAUUCGGUCCAUCAUCACGGGUCCAUGUGGCCCUGGUACACCACGGACCGUCAAUGAAUCUCUGUUUUAAAGCGGUUCUAUAAGUGGCUGACCAUUGACCGGAGGCCAUGGCGCUGUCCCAGAUCCAGUGUCUGGACGAUCACCACGUCAACUGGCGCGUGAGUGAAAGCAAACCGGAGUUUUUUUACAGCGAGGACCAGCGGUUGGCGCUGGAGGCGCUCAUCACCGAAGGUCCCGAGGCCUUCACGGAGUACAUUCGUGACCACAGUGUCCGGGACUUUCUCUCAGAGUCGGAGUUGGAGAAGAUCGCUGAAACGGCCGAGGAUUAUCGGCCCGGGUACGAGCACCACCAGAAACCUGACACGCCGGGGCCCGGCAACCUCACCCCGGGCUCGGGGCAGUGGGAGGAAGCCGGGGACGAGCAGGUGUCCCUGGAGUAUUGGCCCGACCGCUCCGAAGGCUCAGUGGCGGAGCUGGACCUGGGCUGGCCCGAGGCGAUCUCCUACCGUGGGGUGACCCGUGUGACGGUGUACACCCAACCUCCGACCGACGCACACACACACAUCAAGGAGGUGGUGCGGAAGAGCAUCGCCUCGGCCUCAAAGGUAAUAGCUGUGGUGAUGGACGUGUUCACAGACGUGGAUAUCUUUCGUGACCUGCUGGAUGCGGCGUACAAACGCAGGGUCCCGGUCUACAUCAUCAUCGACAUGGCCUCGGUCCCCUGCUUUCUUUCCAUGUGUGGCAGAGCUGAUAUGCACCGUGGACAUCUAAAGAAUCUGCGUGUGCGCUGCUGUGGAGGUGUGGAGUUUUUCACGCGGUCGGCUCAGAAGGUGCGCGGAGCCCUGAGUCAAAAGUUUGUCCUGAUCGACGGAGACAAAGCCAUCUCAGGUUCUUACAGCUUCACCUGGUCCUCCUCUCGUCUGGACCGUAACCUCAUCACUGUGAUCACAGGACAGGCCAUGGAGACGUUUGACCUGCAGUUCCGUGACCUGUACUUCAUGUCCAGAAGCGUGUCCCUCAGCAAGGUUCCCAUAGUGGAUGAACCCAUCCCUGACCCUGUCCCUCAGGCAGCUCCUGCUCCUGUCCCGGCUAGUGUCGCCAGAAAAUUUAUCAAUCCCAAAUAUGCUCUGGUCACCUCAGGAGCCCACAGUUUGGCCUCGUCAGACCAGAACUCCAGCAACAAGAACCAAAAUCCCACCGGGCUCAAAAUAAUUAAAGGACGCAUCAAGGAGAUUGUUGAGGAGUCGCCGCUACACCCUGGGUUAGCCCAUUUGGAGAAGGCUAACAUGAUCCCAUACCUGCCCACCUGGCCGGAGCCGGACCCACCCAGCGAUGUCAUUGGCUUUAUCAACAUCAGGGAUGACAAACGGGCCAAUCAGGUUCACCUUCAGAGGUCUGAGAGGUUUGAGUUCAGCCAGGCUAUACGCUUCAAGGCGCCGCUGACACUUCCCGCCCAAACAGAGGAUCUGACUUUGAAUCCAGCAAGAAAUGCCAGGAAACCCUCAGGGAACACCAGCCCAGGAAGCCCGCCUCCUGUGAGCCCGAUCAGCCAACAAACCCAAAAGGAAACAAGCCUAGUAAUUAAUGAAGACCAAACUGAUACGACAGACUCCAGCAGGGAAGCUCAGCCGCCUCGCACACAAGACACACGAUGCAAAACUGACGCCACUCCCAAAGACCCGUUGUCCAGUGUUAAAACUGAUUCACAUCCAACAACUAAAGAAGUCCCAGCGUCACAAAUCUCCGCUCCUCCUGUUCCCAAACGCCGUACACUGCAACUGGUCAUAGACUCCCCUCCUGAGGAGCAGCCUGGACAAACACAGGUGUCUCUGAUUAAAAUGUCAGACACGGACCUGCUGCAGAGUUCAGAUGGUUCCUCUGGUUUGAAGCAAAUGAGAGAGGAGUUGAAGCAGCGUCACCGUCGUCUAACGACGAAGGACGAGGACUCUGGCAGCAACGAGGGCAGCCAGGACAGCACCAAGGUCAACUGUGACCGAGGGGCCCACGACAACCCUUCCAGCGCCUCCACUGUGUCGGAGGAGGAGUUCUACGAACCCCAUCCGGAGUCCAACGACGUGCUGACAAACGGAGGGACGACAGGCUCGGGUCGUGGGCGUAGGCACGGGGACGGGGUCAACAUGAUGGCUCGUCUCUCUCAGAGUAUGCUGGACUUAAGGGAGCCCGUCCAAUCAGAAGACAGCGCAGAUCUCAUCCGCCAAUCACAGAAGCUCCGCAGAGAAACUCACCAGUCACCACAGAGGCACAUAGGCCAGUUGUUCCGGAACUCCAGAUCUCCCGAUCGUAAUGCCAGACUGCGGGGCUCCUCGCCGGUUGGUUUUCAGCGUCAGACACGAGCUGCCGCCGGCCCUGUGAUCGUAGGACACCGUUACUGGCAGGGUCAAACGAUGCAGACCGACUCAGCUCAGCUGCACGCGGAAAGACGGUCGGGCCGCUCCCCGCAACGCCACAGCCAGGAGAACAAGAUGGACCGCGGUUCCCCUCAGCCUCCGGCAAACCCGAGUGGGUUACUUGGUGUUUCUUUCUCAAAACUGAGUAAUUUCAGACAUCUGAGGGCAAGAGGCGGCGUGCCGCAGAAGAAGACGUCUCAAAAUAAGGCAGCUAGGUAAAGACUGAGGACUAGCACUGGGUACAAGGACUUUGUUUUGACUUCCUGUUGAGGAAAAGACUCAUCGACGUGGAAUCUUUCUCAGGCAUCCGUAUCACUUCCUUUUUUUUAAAACACCCCAGGCUCAACUCUGCGUCACUUUAUGUGAUGAGGACCGGAUCUGCUGCUGUGCUUUAGGGAAAAAAAAAAUCUAGUUAAAAACAAUCACCUCUUCUUCUUAGAGAAUCCUUGUUGUUAAAGGUCCGUGGCUGGAUAUAAAACCAUACAGUGAACUGAUCAUGUUAUGUAUUUUUAAUUUAGAGUUUUUACUCAGUUCUACUGACAUAAAGUGACUUAAAAUGAAUUUGAUGAGGCUAAAGUUAAUGUGAUCCUUCACUUUAAUUUAACUCAGAAUUGGACACUUUUUUUCCCACACAUUGAACGGUCUAUGACGCGGUCCGUGAUCAGCAGGCUCUGGUGUAGAUAUCACUGUGGUUACUGAUGGUGUGAGGGUGACGUUACCGUGAGGAUUUAUUACAUGCUGUAUGUGACACAUAUCUAUAUUUACCUGUGCAGAUGCUGAGAGCAGGUGACGGCAGUGCUUUGUACUGACAU